UAAUGACCCAGAUUAGAUAGUAAACACAAAAUACUUAGUACUAAUACGACAGUGAUUUCGAUUCAUACUUGACACUAGUUAGUUUUUCAUGACGUGUUUUUUUCCCAUGUAGUUCAAUACAUCGCGAUUAUUAAGUGUAUAAGAAAUCAGUACAAUAAUGUUCGAAUCGUUCCAUUUACCGUUUUUCAAAUUAUCUAGUCGAUCAUCAUCAUCAUCAUCGAAUGAUACUACCAAAACAAUGACGACCAAGACGAAAAAAAAGAGCAAAUGUAUGGCAUACUUUUGGUGGGCAUUCGGCGGUUUUUCAGGAUUCCAUCAUUUCUACUUGGGUCGUGAUUUACACGGAUUUCUAUGGUGGGCUACACUCGGAGGAUACUUCGGAGUAGGAUGGAUCGCAGAUCUAUACUAUAUAGGCGAUUAUGUAGCCGAAGCGAACGACGAACCGGAGUUCAACAAGAAGAUGAAAGAAAUCGUGAAAAAACAUAAAAAACCUCCUUUUUCAACUACUCGAUUCACUGCGAUGAUUCUAUUGGCAUAUUUCUGGAGUUCGGUGUUUCAAAUGGGCAUACCAGAGGAAGAAUUUUACGAUAUUAAUUGGAAAGUUCUUUAUAUUCUGACACCUAUUCCGUGUGCUUUGGGUAUAUGGGCUGUUGGAAAUCUUGGACAGCAGAAAGGUGGAAUUUGGAUACCUUUAUUGACAGCUUAUUUAACGUUACCUUUAAAAUAUGUCAUGGACGAGUCAACAGCUUACACGAUUAUGGUUCUAGCUGCAGCAUAUACCUUCGAUUCGUUCGAAAAACAAUGGAAACCAAAAAGCAAAACGACUAAAUCGUCGGGAUGCUGCAAGAGAAUCGUACUCGUCCUCGGCGGUUACCUAAUUUUCUGUUCAUUCUGGGGAAGUUACGUCUACUUCAAUGCCAAAGUAACAGACCAAAGCGGUGACGAAAUUCCAGUCCGCGAAGCCCUCUACCAUUUCUUUAAAUCACCCUGGUGGACAGAUCUAAAACAGUCGAUCCGAGAUGUCAAAAAUUACAUCAAAGUACACGGCUGGGUGGCAACUUGGAAGCUAAUGGUCGAAAUGUCCGACACGAAUGGCGAAAAUAACGCAUACAAGGUCCUUGAGCUGAGUUCGAGCGCAUCGCAGGGUGAAAUUAACGAAAAAUGUAAAUAUUUAUCGAAAACACACCAUCCGGAUAAAUUCACCGAUGAGGAAGAGAAACGUCAAGCUCAAGAGAAGUUCUUCGAAAUUCAACAAGCUUGCGAAGUACUCAGCAGUAAACGAGCCAAGAGAAGGCGUAAGAAUAAGAAGUACGAAGAUGGUGAACUUUGAGCUAGAAAUUACACCAGAUUUUAGCGUGUAUUGUCUGUGAUUCUGAUCUGCGAAUAGUGAUUAAGCUGCUAUACGAUUCCCUCCAAUAAUUUUUAAUGAUCCCCCCUUUACGAGUAUUUCAGAAUAUUGUAUUAUGAUACGUUAACUUUCAUUUCAUUCCAAUGAUCUGUUGCAUUUUUUUUCUUUCUAAGUUACGGGUGCUCAGUGUUACGAGUUUUUUUUGUGUAUUUUUAAUUAUUUUUUUUUUUUCAUAAGGCUGUUGAUAUUUCAUUUUGAUGAUGAUUUUUUUUUUUUGUAAUUUGUAAUCGAUUUCUUUUCAUUUUUUUUUUUUUGUUGAAAUUAAGUGACGUUUGACGUUUUGUAACAUUAACACUUUCCCUUUGUAUUAUUUUACUGCCAAAUAACUUUUGUUUCUUGUGCUUAAUGCAAUAAAUUUAAAUUUAUGUUAUCGUUUGGCCAAAAA